AUGAGUUCAAGAUUUGCAGGGGGAAACGCUUAUCAACGUGAUACUGGUAGGACACAAUUGUUCGGAGGGCCUGAUGGAUCAGGUAAUCUCGAUGACCGUGGAUCAUCAGCGUUAGGAAGUACAGAAAAAUUAGAUUACUCCCAAAGUACUUUGGCAUCACUAGAAUCUCAAAGUGAGGAGCAAAUGGGAGCUAUGGGUCAAAGGAUAAAGGCGUUGAAGUCAUUAUCAUUGAAGAUGGGUGAUGAGAUUAGAGGCAGCAAUCAAACUAUUGACCAGCUUGGGGAUACUUUCCACAACGCUUCUGUAAAGCUGAAAAGGACCUUCGGUAGUAUGAUGGAGAUGGCCAGAAAAUCCGGGAUUAGUAUAAGGACAUGGUUAUUGAUUUUUUUCGUGGUAGGCAUACUUUUUUUUUGGGUGUGGAUUACAUAA